UAUCUUAGUGUACAUAUUUGGUCUCCCAAGUGUUGAGAAGAGACUGAGAUGGGGAAGGGAGAGGGAUCAACGAAAGCUGAUAACAAAAAAGAGCUAGAAGAAGCGAAUGCAGUGAUGCAAGCCUGGAAGUAUGCGUUAGGGUUCACAGAGUUAGCGGUGCUAAAGUGUGCGAUCGAGCUCGGUGUGGCCGAUGAGAUUGAGACCCAAGGUGGCGCUGCCACUCUAUCUCAGCUCUCUGCUGCCCUCAACUGCUCCUACACUUCACUCUACCGAAUCAUGAGGUUUCUUGUCCACAACCGGGUUUUCAAGGCAAAGGCAGCAGCCACCCAAGAGGCCACCACUUAUUUGCAAACGGCGCUCUCCCGGCGCCUCCUCAAGGGAGGUGAGAAGAGCAUGGCCAGCUUGAUUUUGUUUGAGAGCACCCCGGUGGCUCCACCACCCUUCGAGGCAGCUCAUGGCCAGGACAUAUGGGCCUACACGGCCCAGGAUCCCGAACACAGUAGGCUCCUGGACGAGGCCAUGGCCUGCGAUGCGAGGCUAGCAGCAGCAGCAGUCAUUGGCAGCUGCCCAGAGGUGUUUGAAGGGAUUGAAGUGAUGGUCGAUGUAGGGGGAGGCAAUGGGACAUUCGUGGGGAUGAUGGUGAAGGUCUUACCGCAGAUCAAAGGCAUCAACUUCGAUCUGCCUCAUGUCGUCUCCAUUGGCCCACACUGGAAUGGGGUGGAGCACGCCGGAGGAAACAUGUUUGAGAGCAUCCCCAAGGCCGAUGCCACUUUCCUAUUGAAGGUACUCCAUGAUUGGUCCGAUAGCGAGUGCAUCCAAAUAUUAAAGAAAUGCAAAGAAGCCAUUGCUGAAGAUAACAAUGAUGACAGCAUCUCCGACGGGAAACAGAUUAAGAAGAAGAGGAAGAAGGUGGUAAUUGUCGAAGCUGUGAUUGAUGAUGAUUAUGAUGAUGAGGAGCAAGAUGAACAAGGCAGUCAGUUGCAGAGCUGGACUGGGGUGAGGUUGGGACUUGACAUGGUGAUGAUGGCCCACACCAAUGGAGGCAAAGAAAGGACCCGCACAGAGUGGGCCCAUGUCCUCAAUGAAGCUGGAUUCUCUAGUUUCUCCAUCAAGCCCACCUCUGCUGUCCAAUCCAUUAUUGAAGCCUUUCCUUGAGCUUGCUAUUGAAUACUUGAAUAGUCCCUCACAUGGUUUUAACAUAAAAACUAUUAUAUCAUUGAUUUGACAUAGUUGUCACCAUACAACUUCGGACUCACUUUUACAUGCAUCGGUAAUUGACAAAGAAGAUUCGAAUAAAGUCAUAGACUGGAUAUAUAUAUAUAUAUAUAUAGAGAGAGAGAGAGAGAGUUUAAUCAGCUUGCUUGUUGAGAUCAUCUCCAGAUGAAUUAGGAAUGACCCAAAGUUGGGAGAGGUUGAAUUCGUCUGGAUUUGCAACCUCAAUUGCCCAUACAUUUAUGUUUGCUUUUACUCCACAGUACAACUGAUGUACAGCCAGAUACCUAAUUGUGUGUUGAUUAACCAAUGUCCGAAAUACUCUAUUAAUAAAGAUGGUGGAUCCAAAAAAUGGAAAAUAAAAA